GGACGGGACUUCACAGUUGGCGCGCGGCUGCCUUCUGACUUUGUUUCGCCGGGUCUCUACGGGUCAACUUGUUGACUGAGAGAGUACCUCGAAAUUUUAGGUGGAAGAUGUGGGAAAGUACCUUCGCCGAGAAUAGCGACAGAAGCGAGAAGCAGGUUUCUGGUGCUGAAGUCAUCGCCCAGGCCCUGAAAACCCAAGAUGUGGCAUACAUGUUUGGCAUCGUGGGCAUCCCAGUGACCGAAAUCGCCGUUGCGGCGCAGAAGCUGGGCAUCACAUAUGUCGGGAUGAGGAAUGAGCAAGCCGCGUGUUAUGCUGCCUCUGCGAUUGGAUAUCUGACAGGCAGGCCAGGCGUAUGCCUUGUUGUUUCUGGCCCAGGUCUCAUCCACGCUUUGGGUGGUAUGGCAAAUGCAAACAUGAACUGUUGGCCCUUGAUUUUGAUUGGUGGUUCUUCUGAAAGAAGGCAGGAAACGAUGGGAGCCUUCCAGGAGUUUCCACAGGUUGAAGCUUGUAGAUUAUAUAGCAAGUUCUCCGCCCGGCCAAGCAGCAUAGAAUGUAUUCCCUCUAUUAUCGAAAAGGCAGUGAGAAGCAGUAUUUAUGGUCGUCCAGGUCCUUGUUAUGUUGACAUACCUGCAGAUUUUGUGAACUUCCAAGUGAAUGUGAAUUCUGUAAAGUACGUGGAGUGCUGCAUGCCACCUCCUGUUAGUAUGGGAGAAACCUCUGCUGUGUACAUAGCAGCAUCUGUUAUUAGAAAUGCCAGACAGCCCCUUCUUAUCAUCGGGAAAGGUGCUGCUUAUGCGCAUGCAGAGGAGGCCCUCAGGAAAUUGGUGGAGCAAUGUAAAUUGCCAUUUCUGCCCACCCCCAUGGGAAAGGGCGUUAUCCCUGAUAACCAUCCAAACUGUGUGGCUGCUGCCAGAUCCAGGGCUUUGCAGUUUGCUGAUGUAAUUGUAUUAUUUGGUGCCAGAUUAAAUUGGAUUUUGCACUUCGGACUGCCUCCAAGGUAUCAGCCAGAUGUGAAGUUUAUCCAGGUUGAUAUCUGUGCAGAAGAAUUGGGGAAUAAUGUAAAGCCUGCUGUCAUUUUGCUAGGGGACAUAAAUGCUAUCACUAAACAGCUUUUAGAACAAUUUGAUAAAACACCAUGGCAGUAUCCUCCAGAGAGCAGCUGGUGGCAAACUUUGAGAGAAAAAGUGAAGAUCAAUGAAGCUGCUUCCAAGGAAUUAGCUUCCCAAAAAUCCCUGCCUAUGAAUUAUUACACAGUAUUCUACCAUGUUCAAGAACAACUACCCAGAGACUGUUUUGUGGUAAGCGAAGGAGCAAAUACUAUGGAUAUUGGACGCACUGUGAUUCAGAACUACCUUCCUCGUCACAGGCUCGAUGCUGGUACUUUUGGAACAAUGGGAGUUGGUUUGGGAUUUGCCAUUGCAGCUGCUAUAGUGGCUAAAGAUAGAAACCCAGGGCAACGUGUCAUCUGUGUGGAGGGAGACAGUGCAUUUGGGUUUUCUGGCAUGGAAGUGGAAACCAUCUGCAGGUACAACUUGCCCAUUAUACUUUUGGUGGUGAACAAUAAUGGAAUUUACCAAGGUUUUGAUGCAGAUUCUUGGAAGGAAAUGUUAAAAUUUGGAGAUUCUACUGCAGUGGCUCCUCCGUUCUGUCUUCUACCAAACUCACAUUAUGAGCAGGUUAUGACUGCAUUUGGAGGCAAAGGGUAUUUUGUACAAACACCAGAAGAACUCCAAAAAUCACUGAAGCAGAGCUUGGCAGACACAACUAAACCUUCUCUUAUCAAUAUCAUGAUUGAGCCGCAAUCCUCACGGAAGACCCAGGAUUUUCACUGGCUGACCCGCUCUAAUAUAUAAAUAAAGAUGCCAGGGUUUGGUCUUGAGGAGUUUUCUCUUUCUUGACACUUCACUAGGCAAUGGGGAAGCAGUGCAUUCCUAUGAAGAAGUGCCGUAUGACUGAAACAAAUGAACUUAGAGUGAUUAGGAUAGCAUUUCAUAUGAAUGUAUUAAGAAAGUUGGAAAUUAAAUUCUGGUUGGGAAAUAUGACCGAGAAACCCUGAUAAAACGGACUCCGCUGACUGAAAAGUGAAAGGUUACAGAAGAAGUCUGAAUCAUCUGUUGAUUUCUGGUUGCAUUUGCUGCUGCUAAUCUGAAUAAUGGAGUAAUGUAGAUAAAGGAAAUUGAAGAUCCUAUUAAUUCCUCCCAUAGAUAAGGUGCAAAUAAAAGUAUACCUUGCUUGGAUUCA